CGCCUCCCGACACGCCUAUCACAGUCCCGUGACUCCCCCCUGAUGUGAGCGGAGGCUCGACGCUGUUGUAUCCGCUGUCAGAUCCGCUGCGGCCGGGGGGAAAGAGCAGCGCUGGACCCGAGGAGAGAGAGGCGCCACAUCAUGUCCGUGUAACUGGUCAUGCAGACGGAAACGGCAUCUGACGCCAGACUGUGUGACAUUCCCAAGCAGCAUUCACAGACAUAGAGCGAACCGUCCCACCGGCCUCAAGCGGACACAUCACAUCUCUCCCUCAGUACGCAACAGCCCGGACACACGACCCCAGGAGCUUUACAAGCACACCAGCAACAUUGAGACGACAAGCACAUUUCCUAGAAGUCUUUGAGGAGCAGAUUGUCCUGGAAUCACAGACUAAAGAACAUGGAGUGUAAAGUCACACUGCUGGACGGCGCUGACUUCACCUGUACACUGGAGAGAAAAGCUAAAGGCCAGGUGGUGUUUGAUAAAGUCUGUGAGCAUCUGAAUCUUCUGGAGGGGGACUAUUUUGGUCUCGCGUACAAGGAUGCUGAAGGCCAAAAGAGCUGGCUUGACCUCUCCAAAGAGAUGAAGAAACAGAUUAGAACUGAUCACUGCAAUCUUUCCUUCGGUGUGAAGUUUUAUCCACCUGAUCCAGCACAGCUGUCUGAAGACAUCACCAGGUACUUUUUGUGUCUUCAGCUGAGGGAUGACGUGCUGUCCGGUCGGUUACCGUGUUCUUUCGCCACUCACGUGCUGUUGGGCUCCUACACGCUUCAGUCUGAAUUGGGCGACUACGACUCUGAUGUCCAGGGUCCCGGUUAUAUCAGCGAUGUGCGUUUGGCCCCCAACCAGACCAAAGAACUGGAGGAGAAAGUUAUGGAGCUACACCGCAGCUACAAAGGAAUGACGCCAGCUGAGGCCGAGAUUUUGUUCCUUGAAAACGCAAAGAAACUCUCCAUGUACGGAGUCGAUCUGCAUCAUGCUAAGCUGAUUGGCCGAAUGCUUGAGCUCUUUGCAGCUCUGCAGGAGAAGGAUUCGGAGGGUGUGGAUAUCAUGCUGGGAGUUUGUGCCAGCGGUCUCCUCAUUUACAGAGAUAAACUACGCAUCAACCGUUUCGCCUGGCCAAAAAUACUCAAGAUCUCCUACAAAAGAAACAACUUCUACAUCAAAGUCCGGCCUGGAGAGCUUGAACAGUUUGAAAGCACAAUUGGAUUUAAACUGCCCAAUCACAGAGCAGCAAAGAGACUUUGGAAAGUCUGUGUGGAACAUCACACCUUCUUCAGACUGGUGUCACCUGAGGCUCCUCCCAAAAGAUUCCUGACCCUGGGGUCAAAGUUUCGUUACAGCGGCCGAACUCAAGCUCAGACGCGUCGAGCGAGCGCUCAGAUCGCUCGUCCCGCCCCUCAGUUCCAGCGCAUAAACAGCAGACGGCACACGGUGACGCUCAGCAUGGACAACGUGCCAGCAAUGAUCAAUCAUGACAAUGUGAAGAAUUCAAAGCCUCCCGUUGAAACAGACGACCUCAUCAAUGUCGAAACCCCUGAGAAAAAAGCAGAAGAGCUGAACUCUGUGGAGGAGAGUAAAACAAGCCUGGAUGAAUCAGAACAAGCCCCGCCCACUUCUGUACCUAAGCCGUGUAUGUACUCUUCCGGUCCGCUGGGCUCCGAACUUUCCCUCCCUUCCUCACCCGUCUCAUCCACAAAGGUUCGGCGGAGACGUAGGGGAAGCGACCGGCAGCGUGCCGCCUCCGUCAGCCCGGCCAAAACCACGGCGGCUUGCCGGCGGCGUCAGGCCCGUGCCGAUCGUAAAGCCGCUCUGCUGGAGGAGCGAGCGCUCCUGCUGUCCGCCCGCAAGCAGAGACUCGAUCAGAAGCGCGCAGGUGGCGGCACGCUCUUCUCCUUCUCUUUGCACCUGCCCGAUCUCUCCUCGCUCCUGGACGAUGACGGAUACCUGACCUUCCCAGAUCUCACAGAACUGCGUUUUCUGCCCGAGAGUUUACAUCACUUCAUGCCCAUUAAAUCUCCCUCCAUCAUUCCCUGUUUCCUCUUCAUCUUCUUCUUCCUCCUUUCCACGUCUUUCUCCGUUCCGUACGCACUCACGCUUUCCUUCCCGCUAGCGCUGUGUCUGUGCUAUCUGGAACCGAAGGCGACGGCUCUGAGCACGACGCUCACGCAAACCUUUCAGGACAGUUCGGAUGAGGAGCAGACAGACAGCGAUCAGACAGACUUUGCUUGUGAUGACGACACAACUGUUUCUGAGUCAGACUUUGAGGACGACUGUGAGAUCAGGACUCAGAUGUCAGAAGAGGUUAAAGCCGAAGAACCUGAGGAUGUUUCAGUAAAACAGAACGGAGUGGCCGAUGCUACUGUAGUUAAGUUACAGGAGGAGGUUUAUGAUGAGACAAGAGUCAUGGAGGAGAUACAGACAGAAGACACUGUGAAAGAGCAGCAGUCGUCUGCUUCUGAACAUCAUGAGGAGCAGGAUUUGACUCCUGAAGUGGAGGAGCCUUUAUUAGAGACCUCUGAGAGAAAGAAAAUAUGUGUGGAUAGAGUCGAUAGAGUUUCGUCACCUUUUCAUGAUGGAAAAGAGAAAUAUCUGAUCGCUCUGAAUGAGGCCAUUGCAUUGGGCCGACUCUCUGCUUACGCUUCUAGUGUCAAACCAGAAAGGUUGCAAAAACAAAGUGCCAUUUUAGAAAGCUGUGUUGAAGCUCCAUUAGUAGAAGACGAGGUGUGGACGACACCUGUUGAACCUAAACAUUCUCUUAUACAAACACCUGUAUGUCAUAAUGAAGAGAAACAAGUGAAGUACCAUCAAGAUGAUGAUGAUGAUGUGCAAAUAGAUGAAGAUACAGUCCAGAUUUGGGAUCAGUUGAGUGUUAUAGUUGAAGAAGAAAUGAAGGAAACUGAAACAGAGACUUCGUCGGGUGUUUAUGUUAAAGACGGAGAUGAUUUAACAGAUGCCAGAAGAGAGGAGAUCUCUGGAGAAACACAUGAGAUGAAUACAGAGCUCAGAGACGAUCAGAAGUGCAGUUAUUCUCAACAUUUGCUCUUUAUUGAGGAUGAACCACCAGAAGUUGUUAUAAAGUCUUUAUCUGAAAUGAAUAAAAUGACCGAAGAACCUCAAGAGGACACUGUGACCUGUAAAGAUGACGCUGUUGCUCCACCUGACCGUCCGCUGAUGGAAACUGCUGGAAACUAUGAGCUCUGUUCUGAAGCAAACCAAGACACGCAUGUAGAUGUAGAUGCAUCUUCACAUGAAAUCAAGGAGGUGCAGAGAUCUUGUGUAUCUACCGUACCUCACUGUGAGGUAACACACGCUGUGCGUUCAGGGUCUUCUGUAACCUCACCGUGUGUUUCUGCAUCCCACGCCAACUCAAUGCAAUAAAAGACUUUCAUGCAG